GAGCGCCCGGGGGCACCGGCGGCGGCGCCCGGCCAGGGCGAGGGGCCGCGGCCAUGGGCGACAAGGGCACCAGAGUGUUCAAGAAAGCCAGCCCCAAUGGCAAGCUCACCGUCUACCUGGGAAAGAGGGACUUUGUCGACCACAUAGAUCUCGUCGAUCCUGUCGAUGGUGUCGUCUUGGUGGAUCCGGAAUACUUAAAAGAGCGGAAAGUUUUCGUGACGCUGACGUGCGCUUUCCGCUACGGCCGUGAGGAUCUGGAUGUCCUGGGCCUCACCUUCCGCAAAGACCUUUUCGUGUCCAACAUCCAGGCCUUCCCGCCGGUGGCCGAAGAGAAGAAGCCUUUGACACGGCUGCAGGAGCGGCUGGUGAAGAAGCUGGGGGAGCAGGCGUACCCCUUUACCUUUGAGAUUCCUCCCAAUCUCCCCUGCUCCGUGACGCUGCAGCCUGGCCCCGAGGACACUGGAAAGGCUUGUGGGGUGGACUACGAGGUGAAAGCCUUCUGUGCCGAGACUCUGGAGGAGAAGGUUCACAAGAGGAAUUCCGUGCGUCUGGUGAUCCGCAAAGUUCAAUACGCGCCCGAGCGGCCCGGCCCGCAGCCCAUGGCCGAGACCACCCGGCAGUUUCUGAUGUCUGACAAGCCCUUCCAUUUAGAAGCAUCCCUCGAUAAAGAGAUCUAUUAUCACGGAGAGCCCAUCAACGUUAAUGUCCACGUGACAAACAACACCAACAAAAUGGUCAAGAAGAUAAAAAUCUCAGUGCGCCAGUAUGCGGACAUCUGCCUCUUCAACACCGCCCAGUACAAAUGCCCUGUGGCCGUGGAGGACGCGGAUGAUGUGGUGGCCCCAAGCUCGACUUUCUGCAAAGUCUACACUUUGACCCCCUUCCUUGCCAACAAUCGGGAAAAACGUGGACUCGCUUUGGAUGGAAAGCUGAAACACGAAGACACCAACCUGGCUUCCAGCACCCUGUUGAGAGACGGGGCCAACAAGGAGGUGUUGGGCAUCAUUGUCUCCUACAAGGUGAAGGUGAAGCUGGUGGUCUCUCGAGGAGGCCUGCUGGGAGAUCUUGCCUCCAGCGAUGUGGCCGUGGAGCUGCCGUUCACCCUGAUGCACCCCAAACCCAAGGAAGAGCCGUUGCACCGGGACAUUCCAGAGAAUGAAGCUUCCAUUGACACAAACCUCAUAGAGCUUGACACAAAUGACGAUGACAUCGUUUUUGAAGACUUCGCCCGGCAGAGACUGAAAUGCAUGAAGGACGAGAAGGAGGAAGAGGAGGUGGACGGGACAAACUCGCCACAGCUGAACGACAGAUAAACUGCUUGCCUCCCCCCGUUUCUCUCUGUCUCCACCUCUAACACCCGAGCUCUAGUUUUCUCCUCUUUUGUAUAAGUUUUUGGAAGUUGCUUUCUUUUUAAAAUGUCGAUCGGGAGCCUGCGGGGAGAUCAGCCCUGCAGCAAAUCCUGGCCUGGGUUUGAGGUCAGCUGCAAGCCCCAAGUUUGCUGGUGGGCUCUAAGAAUCGAGCCGUGCCGAUGAGCCACGCUUAAGGCACGUGUGGGUGCGCAUCUGUGUCUGUGCUGCGGGGGGGACGCUGUGUCACAACUGUACUUGCUGUCUGCUCUACUGGGGAAGAGGCAUAGAUGGAGAGUGAGCCUCCAUUGCUCCUCCUUCGUCAAACCCAGACUCGGGACCAGCUGCUAGGGGGGACUGGAGGGAAAGGAAAGGACCCUCUUUGUGCAUGCUGAAAUUAACUUGUGCGUGGCCGGAAGAUGGAGGGGCGGCCAUUUCUGUGGGUGUUUGAAAGCCUCGUGAUCAGAGAGAGCCCGUUGGUGGCUUUUGAGCUUAAGGGUCGGGGCCAGGGCUGCAAAAGGCAUGGGGGACGUGGCGGGGAGUGAAAAUGGGGAGCAAGCCAGGAGUCACAAGUCACAGCGCGCUGUUAAUCCUGGAGGUUGGCUCACCUCCCCUUCUGCAGCCUCCCUCUUCACCAUCGGCGGCCCCAGGACCAAGUGCCACGUUCCUGGCCAAGUGGCACCAUGCCAUAGCCUCUUCUCCAGCAGGCCUGGCUUCCUGGCUGGCAGGUUCACAGGACACACUUAUUUUCUGGCUUGCACAGAGCCCAGGAUCCAACUGACUCAUCGGGAGGAUUCUCACAACCCGCUAAGCACAAACACCAGCCAACUCUCCCACUUCUCUCUCAACUCUAGAAAUGCCAGAAAUUUGCCCCCCCCCCCGGUGGUGUCAACAUCAAACUCUCCAGUGAAAGGUGAAAGGUGAAAGGUCCCCUGGGCCAGCACCAAGUCCUGUCUGACCCUUUGGGGGGACGCUGCUUUCGUGACGUUUUCUUGGCAGAUUAUAGAGCGGGGUGGUUAUGUCAAAACACCAUUUUUCCCAUGCAUGAAAAGGGACAGGGUUUUGAUUGCAAAGUCCCAGUCCCCCCCGGACUCUCCUGGCAGAAUGACGUCAUUUUCCUAAUUUCGAAAGUUGAGCUUGGAUGGGUGUCCCAGGAUGCUGCUGAACCCAAAUCUGAUUUGCUGCUUUGGGGAGUAGCAUCCCGUGUGAAAUCUGUUGAUAGGGUUGUUAAACCAGGAUUUAUGGUUUGGUAUGUUCUGUGAAUCCAGUUAGUUGUGGUCUAUUCCAUGAACCGUAGUUAAGCAGACGAAGGCUCGGUGCGUGACGUGAACGCUGCCUGUGACUUGAAGAGGUUUGGACAGAAAUAACAUAUUAAAAUGGUCAUUGGCUCCCCUGCCCACAUAACUCAGCCGUGCCCUCUAAAAGCUGAUGGGUCACAGCCCCAGAUGGGGGGCAGCCUCCCCUACAGCCAUGCCCAGGUUGAUGAUGAUGGACGAUGACAGUGUUCGCCUUCCUUUACCCCGUUGUUGUGUGUGACACUGGGUCCUCACAAUGUGCCCUUCCAGACUGGGGAAACAUUUUAGGCUCCCCAUUGUCCCCCACACCGAGAUCGGGGCUCUGGGACCAGGCAGGGAUCAAAUGCAGUCAUGGCCGCCCCCCUCUCAGCAGGUGGAGAGCAGCAUCCGCACAUCUGCCGGCCCUCCGCUGCGCCCCGCUAACCCAGCCGCGUGGUCCAUUUGCUGAUGUGGUCCCUUCGUCCUGUUCUUAGCUUGGCUUCCGUCCCCUUUCUGUGAUGGUUUCUGUGGUUUUGUCAAAUAAAUUAUUCUAAUUCAUUAAUCCGAGAAAA